AGACUCCAACAAGCUCGACGGGGCAGUUCCAGUCCCGCCAAUCUGCGGGGCGCUUCUGCUGACAAGGCAACAGCGAUUGAGCAACGGCGUAGCGACGGGAGCGUCAUCAAGUCACUCACACCUCCUCCGUACCUCCCUCGCCUCAGCAGCUCUCUUUCCCUCUCUCUUGCGUCAACAACCCUCCAUCCAUCACCAACUCGGGUUGCGCAUCAUCACACAACACAACACAACACAACACAACCUCUCCAUCUAUUGCUUUGACAGUGAUAGUUCUCAAUCUCACGAAUCGCAAUCAUGAAGGGCGCACUCUUCGCCGCAGCGUCGCUGCUGGGCUCAGUGAGCGCAGGCGUCCAUAAGAUGCCACUGAAGAAGGUCUCUCUGUCGGAGCAGCUGGCUGGUGCCAAUAUCGACACUCAUGUCAAGCACCUUGGCCAGAAGUAUAUGGGCAUUCGACCUCAGUCGCACAUCGAUGAGAUGUUCAAGGAUACCGCCGUCCCCGAUUCCAAGGGUGAUCACAGCGUUCCCGUGAGCAACUUCUUGAACGCUCAAUACUUCUCCGAGAUCACAAUCGGAACUCCUCCUCAAUCAUUCAAGGUCGUUCUCGAUACCGGAAGCUCCAACUUGUGGGUGCCGUCCUCUGAAUGUGGUUCGAUCGCCUGUUACCUCCACACCAAGUACGAUUCUUCCUCUUCAUCUACAUACAAGAAGAACGGAACCUCGUUCGAGAUCCGCUAUGGCUCUGGUAGUCUCAGCGGUUUCGUGUCUGAAGAUGUAAUGACCAUCGGUGAUCUCAAGAUCAAGGACCAAAUCUUCGCCGAAGCUACUGAGGAGCCAGGUCUGGCUUUUGCCUUUGGUCGAUUCGAUGGCAUCCUGGGUCUCGGAUUUGAUACGAUCUCCGUUAACAAAAUUCCUCCUCCAUUUUACAACAUGAUUGAGCAAGGUCUGUUAGACGAGCCAGUCUUUGCUUUCUACCUCGGCGAUACCAACAACGGCGAGGGUGAUGAGUCGGAGGCUACUUUCGGUGGUAUCAACAAGGACCAUUAUACUGGCAAGAUGACCAACAUCCCAUUGAGACGCAAGGCCUACUGGGAAGUUGAUCUUGAUGCCAUUACCUUCGGCGAUAACACUGCCGAGCUUGAGAAUACCGGUGUUAUACUUGACACCGGAACUUCUCUUAUCGCUCUUCCAUCCACUCUUGCCGAGCUCUUGAACAAGGAGAUCGGUGCUAAGAAGAGCUACAAUGGACAAUACACUGUCGAGUGUGAGAAGCGUGAUAGUCUGCCAGACAUGUCCUUCACCCUCAGCGGCUACAACUUCAGCAUUACCCCAUACGAUUACAUUCUCGAGGUCCAAGGAUCUUGUAUCUCCAGCUUUAUGGGAAUGGAUUUCCCCGAGCCCGUAGGCCCAUUGGCAAUCCUCGGUGAUGCAUUCCUCCGAAAAUGGUACUCAGUCUACGACCUCGGCAAGGGAACCGUCGGUCUUGCUCAAUCCAAACAGUAAAUCAUGAUGAAUAGGAUUUGACAGUGGGAUGGACACAAUUUGAAUAUCGAACCAUUCAUAUCGAGAGGGUUUUUCAUUACAUUGUACUCUAGGCACUCGGUACUCUCUGAUUUUGAAUUGCGUUGAGUCUCUUACUCCAGAGCCUGGACUUGUUUCCAAGGCGAUAGUCGAUCACGCG